CGUACUACGCAGCUUCCGGCUAUUACUCACACGCCGCACAUUCAAGACGAGGCUUGAGAUAUUUGGGGUGGCCAAGGCAGUGCCAGUGUCCAGUCAUCUACAAAUUACAUCGGCAUAGUUGUUGAGGGCGCCUUAGCGCUGGGUCCUGCUUUACAGAGGGUACUGUGGCUGCCAAGAUGUCGACGAAAAAUUUUCGUGUCAGCGACGGUGAUUGGAUUUGUCCGGAUAAAAAGUGCGGGAAUGUAAACUUUGCCAGACGAACCAGUUGCAACAGAUGCGGACGAGAAAAAACAACUGACGCUAAAAUGAUGAAAGCUGGAGGAACUGAAAUAGGAAAAACCUUAGCUGAGAAAAGCCGUGGAUUGUUUAGUGCUAAUGACUGGCAAUGCAAGACAUGCGGAAAUGUAAAUUGGGCCAGAAGAUCAGAAUGUAAUAUGUGCAAUACACCAAAGUAUGCAAAACUAGAGGAAAGAACAGGUUAUGGAGGAGGUUUUAAUGAGCGUGAAAAUGUAGAAUAUAUAGAACGUGAGGAAUCUGAUGGAGAGUAUGAUGAGUUUGGCCGGAAAAAGAAAAAAUACAGAGGGAAACCCGCUGUGCCCAAAUCAAUUUUAAAGGGCGAUGAAAAAGAAUCAGAAGGUGAAGAAGAGGAGGAUGAAGAUCUUUCAAAGUAUAAACUUGAUGAUGACGAAGAGGAGGAGGAGGAGGAGAAGGAGAAGGAGAAGGAUAAGAAGAAGGAGGAGGAGGAGGAGGAGGAUGAUGAUGAUGAUGAGGAAGAUGAUGAUGAUGGUGAUCUGUCAAAAUAUAACCUUGCGAGUGAAGAUGAAGAUGAUAGUAAAAAUAAGAAAUCCACACAUAGCAGUAGAUCUAAAUCCCGAUCUCAUUCCAGAUCUUCACGCUCCUCUUCCCAAAGCUCAAGGUCUAGGUCCAGAUCCCGGUCAAGAAGUUCUUCCAGUUCCAGAUCAAGAUCACGUUCAAGUUCAAGAGAGUACUCUAGAUCUCCUGGGUCGAAAUCAAGAUCCAGCUCCAGAUCACACAGGGGAUCUUCAUCCCCGAGAAAAAGAUCUUAUGCAAGCUCUCGAUCAUCUUCAUCUCCAGAGAGGGGCAAGAAGAGAAGUCGCUCUAGAUCCUCAUCUGGUGACCGCAAAAAAAAGAGAUCAAGAUCACGGUCAACAGAAAGACGCCGUGGGUCAUCAUCCGGAUCAUCUCACUCUGGCUCCCGUUCUUCAAGUUCCAAAAAGAAAUAAAUUAUUUUUAGGAACAGUGGCUAUCCAAGUGCAUUGCAUGAGGCAGACUUUAAAAAAAAUAAAAAACAUCAAGAUGAGAACUUAAUUAAGAAGAACAAUUAAUAUUAGAGGUGCAUGUCUUUGUGCUUCUCCAGUUACAGCAUUAGUGAGGUCCUAAUUUAAAAUUAGCAUUUUAAGCCGUAAGACACAGAAACUUAAAAUAUUAUCAUUAAUGCUUGGAUGAUGUUUGUCACCUAUUGUGCUGCAAUAUAUAUAUAUAUAUUUUUUUUUUAAUAAGUAAUAACUCUCUGAUCUAGUUUCUUGGAAUUCUUCCCAUUUUAAAUAAAUGCGUUCUUUUUCCAUUACUGCUGAAAUGGAAGAAGUUGUAUUUGAUCAUGUCACCCUAUUCUUAUGGCUUAAAAUGCAAAGUAUUACAAAAUAAAUCUUGUGUUAGAGAAAAAUGUUCACUUUCUUCAUUAGUAUUACAAGGUAAGUAUUAGGUAUUGGAAGCAAUCCUAGCAUAUCUAAAAUGCCGCAACUAGUAAACUUCUUAACUGAGAAUGUAACAGUACCAUAGUUAAAUUCAAUUCUAACUAUUUAAAUACCAGAUACAAUUAUUUGGGUUCAAAUUGGCUUUGCUUUCAAGUCUCUCUAUUCAUCAGUUUACUUAAUAAGAAAUGUCUUUAGUUCUGUACUUUUUUCCUGAAUGUACUGUUUUUCAAACUGUAAUCGUAAUUGUGCCUAUUGCAGUUUCAACGCUACUAUUUAAAUAUGUGCAAAACUUCUUAACCAGAUGUUAGAAGUUAGUCUGUUCUUCUUAGUAUACAAAACUGUUCUGACAAGGUGAGAAUUUUUUAUCAUUUAGCAGUAAGCAAAUAAGAGCGUUUGUUCUGAAACAAAUUAUUUUUGUUUAGAUAACGUAUAGUACAGUUUAGAGGAUUUACUGUAGUUAUGUGUAAAUAAAAACUGACCUGUGCAAUUGC